CUAUCAAGGAGGGGCACGAAACCUGUCUGAUGAUUUAUAUGGCACAGCCGCAGCAUGAUAUUUAAUUAUGCCUAGAUUUCCAUUUGUGGCCGUUUGUAGACACUUCUUUAAAAUACUUCAUUUUUUCAUCUUAAUUCUUAACAUUUCAAAGGGCAGAUCAAAUAAUGCAGACGUUGUGGCUCAGAAUCAUCUGAAGAUUGUUCAAGCUGGAGACAGUGUUGAUUUCACCUGUAUUUUUCAAAGAGAUAUGAGACCCUCCAUAGUUUGGGUCAAACAAAAAGUUGGAGAGAAGCCCCUUCCGAUCGUAAAAUCAUUUCAGGGUUUACCUGCCAAAUUUGAGAAUGACUUUGACAAACAUAACCGCUUUUUUGCAGAAAAAAAUGACAGCAGUUUUAAUCUGAGGAUCACAAACACAGAAGAAUCAGACACUGCAACAUACUACUGUGUUCAAUAUUCAUAUGAUUUCAAAUUUGAUGAAGUCACUUAUCUUAUUGUUAAAGGCAAACAACUGAACAUGCAGUCUGACCAUCAGACACCUGCCACAGAUCCAGUGCAUCCAGAAGACUCUGCAGUGGCGCUGCAGUGCACCGUCCUCACACAGAGCUGUGCAGGAGAACACAACGUCUACUGGUUCAGACGUGAAUCUGGAGAAUCUCCUCCAGGAAUUAUAUUCACUCAGGAGCGCAGGAACGCUCAAUGUGAGAGGAGAUCUGAUGUGAACUCUACUGCACACAAAUGUAUCUACAGCCUGCCCAAGAGGAACCUCAGUCUCUCUGAUGCUGGGAUUUACUACUGCGCUGUGGCCGCAUGUGGAGAGAUACUGUUUGGAGAUGCAAGAAAACCUAUCUUGACAGGUUUUGAGACACCUUGGAGUAUAAUUGCCCUGGUUUUGGGAACUUUAAACUGUUUAUCAGCAAUUGUGAUCAUAUUCUUGUGCACACAGUUGUACAAGCAACGACAAAAAGAUGGGACUCAGAAUAUUCAGACUGGUCACUUAAUGGAUGAAGACAGAGAUGCUUUGAAUUAUGCUGCUUUGAGCUUUCAGCAAAGGUCCUGCGCCCCUAGAAGAACCAGAGAAAAACAUACAAGAUAACUGAAUAUAUGCACUUGACAAAUUUUGCAAAUAAUCAAUUGAAAAGCUAUAGGCAAAAAAACAAUGAUUAUUGGAGUACUAUUAAAAUACUAUUUCAUUUUUUUUUACUUCAAAAUUGCACAUUUUAUGCAGUGAGUUACUUGAUGUUUUAUUUGUAAUUAAUUGUGAAAUUUACUAGCAAUAUCCUGAAUUCAGUGAAAACUGUUUGUAGACAAAUAUUUUUGGUGUAUGUUAAAUUAUUCUGUCAAAUAAACUGAACUGAUUGACAUUUCAUUUUAAGC